AUGAGUGAGAAAAAAGUUUCGAUUCAGGACUAUAUAAAAAACAAGGUGAAACCAGUGUUCGAUCAAUUAAUAGCUAGGAUAGUCAUUGAAAAACCAGAGGACGUGUAUUCAUGGUCUAUUGGUUGGUUACAAAAACAAUAAAGUGGAGUAUAAGUGCAGUAACAUGCUCAUCAUGAUCUCAGUGAAGAAGACGAGGACGAAGAAGAAGUUGUUUUGGAGAUAAAACAACAAUAAAAGCAACAAACUAGAACAGCAGUUUCUGCUGAAGUUUACGGAGAUUACAAUAAGAAGGAGGAUUUUAAGCCAAGAUUUAUCCAGAAAUCGGAAGCCCAAAUUGAAAGGAUAAAGAAAAGAAUUCUGAAUUCAUUUAUGUUCUAGGCCUUGGAUGAAAAGGAUCUGAAUAUUGUAUUGGGAGCUAUGGAUGAGAAGAAAUUUUAAGUUGGAGACGUAGUAAUCAAACAGGGAGAUGAUGGAAACGAGUUGUAUGUCAUUGAUGAGGGAAGAUUGGAAUGCUACAAAAAGUUUACAGGAUUGGAGGAGGAGAAAUUGUUAAAAACCUAUAUCCCAGGGGAAUCCUUUGGAGAGCUGGCCUUAUUGUAUAAUGCUCCAAGAGCAGCCACAAUUAAGGCCAUUGAGGAAGUCACAACUUUUGCUCUGGAUAGAGAGACUUUUAACAACAUUGUCAAGUUUUCAGCCAUCAAGAAGAGAGAGUAGAUGGAAGAAAUAUUAAGCAAGAUUGAACUAUUAUAAUCAAUGGAUAAUUAUGAACGGGUUUAACUGUGCGAUGUGCUUAAGGAAGAAAAGCAUAAGGCAGGAGAAACCAUUAUUACUGAAGGUGAAAUUGGAGAUCGAAUUUACUUGAUCAUAGAAGGGGAGUUAGAGGCUUAUUGGAAAGGAUCAAGUGAAAAGGUCUAUGAUUACAAGCCAGGAGAUUACUUUGGAGAAUUGGCAUUAUUGAAGAACACUCCUAGAUAAGCAACUGUCACAGCUAAAACUGAUGUCGUGUUAUUAUAUUGCGAUUUCAACUCAUUCAGAAGAUUGAUGGGUCCCUUAGAGGAAGUGCUCAAGAGAAAUGUAGAGAGAUAUGAAAAAUAUUUACAGUAAUGA